AUGGAGAUAAGCGGCGACACCGUGCAAGGCGUGCCGCAGGGAUCGGUGCGAUCUUCGGCUAUGAUUGCGACCCUGGGAUCGCAUUCGGCUUCGUUGCCGCAGCGUCACAAGUUGGGCUGGACUACAAAUUUCCUUGACUUGCGAAUCAAGAUGUGGAUGCUUGGUUGGCUCCCCAAUACAUUCCUGCCUGGGUUGAUUGACAUCCCGCCCUCCCGGCUCUCCUUCAUCAACAUCCCGGAUCCCGGGCAGCCGGUUCUGGAUCUGCUGACGGCGGAGGAGGAGGAGGACGGAGCUGGUGGAACCCGUUUGGCCGCCCUUCUCCCCAACGCCCUUCCUUCAUUCCUUUCGGUGACGGCAUCAUCGGCGUAUGGGAAUGCAAUAAGAGAUGUUGUAUCCUUGGUGUUUUGGAGUUCUGACCGCCCUCCUGACCUCUCUCUCUCUCUCUCUCUCUCUCCGCAGGGUCUGUCCGGAGUGCUGGAGGCCCGUCCGGCGGUGGUGACGGCGGUGCUGGGCAAGGACGCGGUGCUGCCGUGCUCGUUCACAAGUGAGGAGGAGGCGACGGUGCUGCAGGUGCGGUGGCUCAAGCGCGGGGAGGAGGGUCCGGACGCGGACGUGGCGGUGCUGAACGUGGAGCACGGGACGCACGUGGAGGAGGCCUACCUGGGGAGGGUGGCCCGCGCCUCCGAGGCCGAGACCCUCCAGGACGGGUCCCUGCGCCUGCGCAACGCCGUCCAGGCCGACGAGGGCACCUACGAGUGCCACCUCAUCACCUUCCCCCUCGGAAGCUUCCAGUCCAGCGUCCGGCUCAAGGUCCUGGUGCCCCCGCUGCCCACGCUGAACCUGGGUCCCCCGCUGGAGGAGGGCCAGGGCCGGACGCUGGCGGCCUCGUGCACGGCGGAGGGCAGCCCGGUGCCCAGCGUGUCCUGGGAGACGGAGGUGCGCGGGGAGGCCCGCAGCCAGCACUCCUCGCACCCAAGAUCCGCCUCCGUCACCAGCGAGUUCUACGUGGUGCCCGGGCGCAGCAUGCACGGACAGCCCCUCACCUGCGUGGUCGCCCACCCGGGCCUCCAGCACCAGAAGCGCAUCACGCACACCCUCAACGUGGCCUAUCUCUCGGACGCCUCGAUCUUGGGCCACGAAGCCGAGGACAACUGGACGGAAGGCCGGGAAGGGGCUUCGCUGAAGUGCCUCGGGGACGGGAACCCCCCGCCCUCCUACAACUGGAGCCGGCUGGACGAGCCCCUUCCGGACGGCGUGAGGGUCAAAGGGGACACCUUGACCUUCCAGCGGGGCCUGAGUUCGGACGACGCGGGCGUCUACGUCUGCCAAGUGGACAACGGCUUUGCCACCAAAGAAGUCCGGGCCUCCGUCAACAUCAAAGGGAACCGGGCCCAGCAGGUGGACGUGGUCUCCGUCUCCAUGAUCGGGGCCGGCAUCAUCGCCGUGGUCUUACUGGGGUUACUGGUCCUGGUGGUGGCCCUCAUGGCCUGCUACCACAAGCGCAAGACCAAGCGCAUCACCGAGAAAUAUGAAGAGGAGCUGACCUUGACCCGAGAAAACUCCAUCCGGAGGCUGCAUUCGAGCCACAGCACCGACACCAGGAACCAGAUGGAAGAGAGCCUCCCCUUGAGGUCCGAGAGCCGCCAGGGCAGCUUCCGGGGAGACAGCCUUUGCCGCGAGAGCCUCCGCGGAGGAGACAGCCUUUGCCGUGAGAGCCGACAUGGGAGUUUCCGUGCCGACAGCCUCCGCGAGACCAGCCUCUGCUCCGUCCUGAGCGAGGAAGCGGAGGGCCGCAGCUACUCCACGUUGUCGACGGUGCGGGAGAUCGAGACGCAGACGGAGCUCCCUCCGCCGCCGCCGACUCCGGUCCAGGAGGAACGAAAGGAGGAAAAGGAAGAGGAAGCGGAAGAAGAGGAGGAAGCGGAAGAGGAAGCGGAGCGGCGGGACGGGGAGAAGACCAUCAAGCAGGCCAUGACCCACUUCGUCCAGGAGAACGGCACCCUCCGGGCCAAGCCCACCACCAACGGGAUCUAUAUCAACGGGCGCGGGCACCUCGUCUGAUUUCCUGACCCGACGGGGAUCGAAAUCCAAAACUAAUGGGGAGCCGGAUACGAAUCCCGAUUGAACGCCAACCCUUUGAAACCGGGGUGCGGUACGAUCUUUGCGAGACUCUUUCUUUGCGAACUCGCUCAGUUCGGGACGGGAAAAACGUGGAAUUCGUUUCCCGCUCGACUCUGGACUCGAAGAGGAGGUCAAAUAUUAUAUAUAAAAAAACUCAUGAUAAGUUAUGUAUUGUUAUUGUUGUGGAUGCCGGACGUUGCGGGAGACGGAAUCGAGUCCCGUAGCAAAAGGAAACCCCGACGUUGUAAUUGUUUGGGAUUCGACAGCCUUUGUUGUGAUGAUUCGAACACAAAUGAUGAUGAUGAUGCCGUACCUGCCGGAAUCCUGCUCCCAUAUCGCCCCAAAUGCAUCUGCUGGGAUUCGAUGAGCCAACGAAGAACUCUGCUCUUGCGGAUCCCAAACGCAUGGGAAACUAUCUAUCCUGAGACCCAAAAAUUUGGUGGGAGAAUGGAUAAUCCGCCUCUCAGAAACAUGCCUUUUUUGGGGAACUCUAUGGACUUUAUAAAGUGUUCUUAGCAAAGAGAGACACAAAAUAGGUUGAAAUCAUGCCUUGGCGGACUCCCAUCCAAAUCCUGACCGGGGCCGACCCUGCUUAGCAUCCGAAUUCGGACCGGAUUUGAAUGUUUCGGCUUCUAAAAACACACCCAAGUCAAACUACUGCAUUCUCAAAGAGAAUCACAACGGGUUAAAAUAAAUUGGCAGACUCCCAUCCAAAUCCCGACCGGGGCCGACCCUGCUUAGCAUCCGAAUUCGGACCGGAUUUGACUUUUUCGGCUUCUAAAAGCACACCCAAGUCAAACUAUUGCAUUCCCAAAUAGAAUCACAAUGGGCUAAAAUAAAUUGGCGGACUCCCAUCCAAAUCCCGACCGGGGCCGACCCUGCUUAGCGUCCGAAUUCGGACCGGAUUUGAAUGCUUCAGCUUCUAAAAA